AUAUUAACAUGGCAGGGGAACCCAAACCAUACAGACCAAAACCUGGAAAUAAAAGGCCCAUCUCAGCACUUUAUAGACUUGAAUCGAAGGAGCCUUUCCUCUCUGUGGGUGGUUAUGUCUUUGACUAUGAUUACUACAGAGAUGAUUUCUACAAUCGGUUAUUUGAUUACCAUGGGCGUGUGCCUCCACCUCCCCGUGCUGUAAUUCCACUGAAGCGCCCCAGAGUGGCUGUAACAACGACUCGCAGAGGGAAAGGAGUCUUUUCCAUGAAAGGGGGAUCAAGAUCUACCGUCAGCGGGUCCUCUUCAUCAGGCUUUAAAUUGAAAUCAGAUGAGUUACAGACAAUCAAGAAAGAAUUAACCCAGAUCAAAACUAAAAUUGACUCCUUGCUAGGGCGCCUGGAGAAGAUUGAGAAGCAGCAGAAGGCGGAGGCAGAAGCUCAGAAGAAGCAAUUGGAAGAGAGUAUAGAGCUGACUCAAGACGAGUGUGUGUCAGAGAAUGCAGAUCACUCUACAGAGGAGCCUGCUGAAGGAGGGCCAGAUGCGGAUGGAGAAGAGAUGACUGAUGGGAUAGAGGAGGACUUCGAUGAAGAUGGGGGUCCUGAGCUGGUAGGAACUGAACAUUUGGUGUCCAUACCCUUUGGAUAA